AUACCACACAACAUCAUUUGCACAAACACUUCUGCUUUCUCUUUGUUUUUUGAAAUGAGAGGGAUGAAGAGUCUUACCAGUUGGGCUCUCUUUGCUGCUUUACUCUCCCAGCAGCUGUUUGCUUCCGUUGCUUCCAUAAAGUUCGAGGAUGAGAAAACAUACUACUCUCCUCCUGACCCUAAUGCAGGAUCUCCUCCCUCUGGAACUCCUCCAUCACACGGAGGAUACACUCCAACUCCUUCAACUCCAUCACAUACUCCUCCUUCUAACUGUGGAAGUCCACCUUACGACCCAACUCCUCCUUCUCACACUCCAACUCCUUCCACUCCAUCUCACACUCCUUCAACUCCUUCUCAUACUCCAACUCCUUCUACUCCAUCUCACACCCCAACUCCAUCUCACACUAGUCCUCCUUGUAACUGUGGAACUCCACCUUCACACCCUUCCACACCUUCACGGCCUUCAAGGCCUUCACACCCAUCGAGGCCUUCACGCCCUUCCACGCCUUCCAAUCCUCCUUCUGGUGGAUAUUACUCAUCUCCUCCACCAAGUACUCCUGUCGUUGAGACUCCACCAACACCCAUUGUUGACCCAGGCACACCCAGUACUGGAGGAACCCCUCCUUCUUCUGGUGGAUAUUACUCAUCUCCUCCACCAAGUACUCCUGUCGUCGAGACUCCACCAACACCUAUUGUUGACCCAGGCACACCCAUCAUCGGAGAAACCCCACCAACGCCUUCUUCUGGUGGAUAUUACUCAUCUCCUCCACCAACACCCAUUGUUAACCCAGGCACACCCAUCAUUGGAGGAACCCCACCAACUCCUUUUAUUGACCCUGGCACUCCUGGGACUCCUUUCCUUCCUGCUCCUUUUCCACCAAUCAGUGGAACAUGCGAUUACUGGAGAAACCACCCUACGUUGAUAUGGGGUCUUCUUGGAUGGUGGGGCACUGUUGGAGGAGCUUUUGGUACACUCAGUACUCCCAGUAUCAUUCCAGGGUUUGAUCCUCACAUGAACCUUCUUCAAGCACUUUCCAACACCCGCACGGAUGCCAUUGGAUCUCUCUACCGUGAAGGCACAGCUUCUUGGUUAAACUCAAUGGUCAACAGUCAGUUCCCUUUCACGACCCCUCAAGUCAGAGACCACUUUCUCGCAGGGCUUUCCUCAACCAAGGCAGCCACAAAACAGGCCCAGACCUUCAAACUUGCCAAUGAAGGUCGUCUAAAGCCCAGAGUCUGAAAAGAAGAGAGUUUCAUUUCUCAGUUGUCUGUUGGUUUGCAUUAAAACAAUCUUAGUUAAUAUAUCCUAUGCAGUGUGUGUGCUCAGUAGAGUGUUCUAUAGUUUCUAGUAAUAUUUAUGAUGUACACCCCUUUAUAUUUGAUGAUGUUGCUGUUUUAAGACUUUCUUGGUCUUGAAUAAUAACUAGUAGUUCCUCUGUUUCUCAA